AUUACCUGAUUUACCUCCACGGACUAUCGCGAAUUUCCCGUGAUUAUAACACGGAAUUCAUUCUGAUUUCAGCUAUUGUAUCAUCUUGUUUGGCUCACUUGAUAAUAGUCAUUACAAUAUAAUACGUUUAUUUGUUUUCUGAAUUGAAUUUUAGUUUUUUUUUUUCUAUUGCUUAUACUAAAACUUGUUCUUUUAAUUUUUACAGUAUUGUUGUGGUCAUGGUUUUACUAUGACAUAGUUGUUCAUUCAUCUGUCUGAAAUUUUGGAUUUUAUUUUCAAAUUUUAAUUAAUUAAUUUAAUUUCUACAAUGUCUAAACAGAAUAUAGAAGUCUCAAUUUUAAAGACAUAUCCUCAUCACAACAUGUUAAAGUACUGCGAAAAUAGGCCAAAGUAUAGACAGGGACGAAAACUUACAGCAAUUAAGGUCUACACUGUGAAUGAUGAGUCGCAGCAUUUAUUGAUCAGAGGUGUGCCAUCUAUCAAUUUACAUGAUGAAGUGGAAAAAUUAUGUAAGCGUUAUGGUAACAUAUUACGUAUUCGACAAGUGCAAUUUGAAGACCAAGAAGAAUUUACUCAUAGUUUUCAUGUGAUAUUUAUCCAGAUACAAUCUGCCAGAUUUGCGAAAAAACAAAUGGACACAAAAAAUUUUUUUGGUGGUAUUUUACAUGUUUGCUAUGCACCUGAACUUGAAUCCAUUGAGCAAACUAGAUCAAAAUUACAGAUGAGAGUAAUAGAAGUUAAAAAACAUAUUAAUAAGAUUGGUUUAGACCAUACCUAUAAGAAAGAAACAUCUGAGUUAUUACAAUAUGAUCUUUCUAGCUCAUCUCACGAUUCAAUGUUACAAAGUUGUAGUUCUAAUUCUCAAAAACAAAAUCGUUGGCUUGAAGGAGGUCUUAAGUGUUCAUAUAUCAUACCAAAGUCUGAUCCAUUAAACACUAAAAAAGAAACAAUAAAAAAGAAAUCUAAUGUUAAAGAUUUGACUCCAUUAGAUUCGAAUACACUGAGGUUUGUUCCUAGACAACUGCGUGCACCAUAUCCAGAAUCUAAAACUAAAAAACCUAAUCGUAUUAUAUUCCAUUGAUAUUUUGAUAAUAGAUAAAUUUAGUAUUGUCUAUGUAUAUUUUACUAUUUUAUUUAUAUAUUUUUAAUUACUUAUGUAUCAUUUAAUAAUUAAAUUUAUAUAAUAUAUUAAUAUAAUGCGACAAAAACAUAAAACAACUAUCAAAAACUUUCGGUAGUGAUAUCUUAUAUGAUAAACUUUUAAAUAAAUCUUUUGUAUUGGAAUAUGGCUUUUGUCAUUGAUAGAUUGAUCCAGUGGUUUAUUUUUAACAACUUUAAUUUUUCUUGUACAUUCAGUACAAUCAUAAUACAUUUUCAUUGAAUUUACUGUAACUGUAACAACUAUCCUGCAAAUAGAUUUAAAGAAAAAUCUAAUUUUAAUAAUAUUAAACAAAGGAAUUUGUUAUAAACUGAAGUAGUGUUCUUUAGUUAUAGAAGGAUGUUUAUUUUUAUUUAUUUUUUGAUAGUAUAUGUUUGAAAAUAAAAUAAUUUUGA